GUUGCAGGCCAGGAAGGCAGGGCUCUCUAUGGCUACAAAGACGUCCCAGAAGGACCAGGAGCUGAAGAACCACGUGUAUAAGAAAACCCUGCAGGCUCUGAUCUACCCCAUCUCCUGCACCACGCCCCAUGCCUUCCAGGUGUGGACCGCCUCCACACCCACCUACUGCUAUGAGUGUGAGGGACUGCUGUGGGGCAUCGCCCGCCAGGGCAUGAGGUGUGCUGAGUGUGGGGUCAAAGUUCACGAGAAGUGCCAGGAGCUUCUCAACGCUGACUGUCUGCAGAGGGCGGCUGAGAAGAGCUCUAAGACGGGAGCAGAGGACCGGACCCAGCACAUCAUCACAGCCAUGAAGGACAGGAUGAAGAUCAGGGAGAGGAACAAGCCGGAGAUCUUUGACGAGAUCAGGGCUGUGUUUGCCGUCACUAAGCUGCUCCAUGCGCAGCAGAUGAAGACCAUAAAACAGAGUGUGUUAGACGGAACCUCCAAGUGGUCUGCCAAGAUCACCAUCACAGUUGUCAGUGCUCAGGGUCUCCAGGCUAAAGACAGGACUGGCUCCAGUGAUCCCUACGUGACCAUUCAGGUGGGGAAGACUAAGAAGAGAACCAAGACCAUAUACGGAAACCUCAACCCUGUGUGGGAGGAGAAAUUCAACUUCGAGUGCCACAACACGUCGGACCGCAUCAAGCUGCGUGUUUGGGACGAGGAUGAUGACAUCAAGUCCAGGGUGAAACAGCGUCUGAAGAGGGAGUCUGAUGACUUCCUGGGUCAGAGCAUCAUCGAGGUCAGAACACUCAGCGGAGAGAUGGACGUCUGGUACAACCUGGAGAAGAGGACUGAUAAGUCAGCAGUGUCUGGGGCCAUCAGGUUACAGAUCAGUGUGGAGAUUGAAGGGGAGGAGAAAGUAGCUCCGUACCACGUUCAGUACACCAGCCUACAUGAGAACAUGUUCCAUUACUCUACUGACGUGGUGGGUCAGGGGGUGGUGAAGGUGCCUGUUGCCUAUGGAGACGAUGCGUGGAAGGUCUACUUCGAUGAGGUGCUGCAGGAUAUCGUAGAUGAAUUCGCCAUGCGCUACGGCAUCGAGUCCAUCUACCAGGCCAUGACUCACUUUGCCUGUCUGUCCUCUAAGUACAUGUUGUCUGGUAUUCCUGCUGUGAUGAGUACUCUGUUGGCCAAUAUCAACGCCUUCUACGCCCAUCCUACAGCCAUCACCAACGUCUCUGCAUGUGACCGCUUCAAUGCCUCCAACUUCGGGAAAGAUCGUUUUGUUAAACUCAUGGAUCAACUGCACAACUCUCUUCGGAUCGACCUCUCCACAUACAGAAAUAACUUCCCAGCCAGUAGUAAGCCUCGUCUGCAGGACCUGAAGUCUACUGUGGAUCUGCUGACAAGCAUAACCUUCUUCAGAAUGAAGGUGUUGGAACUUCAGAGCCCCCCCAGGGCAGCCCAUGUUGUGAGAGACUGUGUGAAGGCCUGUGGAAACUCCACCUAUGAGUACAUCUUCAACAACUGUAUAGAGCUCUACAUGAGACAGUUCCAGCCUGCCGUAGAACCUCCCAAGCCAGAGAAGAAGAAGAAGGAGAAGAAGAAGAAGAAGGAGAAGAAACAGGGAGAAGAAGGGGAGGAGGGAGAGGAGGAGGCUGAGGAAGAAGAGGAGGAGGAGGAGGAAGAAGAAGAGGAAGAGGAAGAGGAGGAAGUGAAGAAGGAGCCAGAGGAGACAGGGCCUACUAUCCACAACCUGGACUUCUGGCCGAAACUCAUCACCCUCAUCGUCUCCAUCAUAGAAGAAGAUAAGAACGCCUACACACCCAUCAUUAACCAGUUUCCUCAGGAGCUCAACGUGGGGAAGGUCAGUGCUGAAGUCAUGUGGACGCUGUUCGCUCAGGACAUGAAGUACGCCCUAGAAGUUUUUGAUAACAUCGACCACUGCCACUGGAACAAUGCGCCUGAAACAAUCCGAAUCCGCAGACUAGACUUUUACGCUGAGCACGAGAAACAUCGUCUGUGUAAGAGUGCUGACUACAUGAAUCUUCACUUCAAGGUCAAGUGGCUUUACAACGAGUAUGUGAUCGACCUGCCUGCCUUCCAAGACACUGUACCAGAGUAUUCUGCGUGGUUUCUGCAGUUUGUCCUUCAGUGGCUGGGUGAGAACGAGGAUGUGUCCAUGGAGUUUAUGAAUGGAGCUCUAGAGAGGGACAAGAGGGAAGGGUUCCAGCAGACAUCGGAGCAUGCUCUGUUCUCCAGUUCAGUAGUGGACAUCUUCACCCAGCUCAACCAGAGCUUUGAGAUCAUCAAGAAACUAGACUGUCCUGACCCCAAGGUGCAGGCCCACUACAACAGGCGAUUCGCCAAGACCAUCACAAAGGUGCUGAUGCAAUACUGUGCUAUCCUAUCCAAGGAGUUCCCCUCCUACUGCCAGAAGGAGAAGAUACCUUGUGUGUUGAUGAAUAACAUACAACAGAUGCGGGUCUUGCUGGAGAAGAUGUUUGAGUGCAUGGGGGCUAAACAGGCUGAGAAGAAAGACAAGGAGAAGCAGGAGGACAACAUCAGCAAAAAGUCAAAGAAUGAGGUGAACAAGAUUGAAGCCACAGCGGGCAUGAAGAAGCUGGAUUCGGAAGCUGCGGACAUCUUGAAUGACCUGCAGGUCAAACUGGCCACCGUCCUGGACAACCUGAGCGCCAUGUUCGGCAAGAGUUUCCAGGCCCGUCUCACCGUCUGCAUGCGUCAGAUGGCAGAGAUCCUGUAUCAGAUCAAAGGUCAUCCCAACCGUCAGACAGCCGAGGCCGACGCUGACAACAUGCUGAGGCCUCUCAUGGAGUUCCUGGAUGGAAAUCUGAGUCUGUUUGCUGACACCUGUGAGAAGACAGUUCUGAAGAGAAUACUAAAGGAUCUGUGGAAGAUCGUCCUCAGCAGCUUGGAGAAGACCAUCAUCUUACCACCGAGCAACGACGGCUUCGGAGCUCAGAUACUGACUGCUGCCAAGGGACUGUCCAACCUGAAGGGAGGGGGCGAGGCCAAAAGCCUGACGCCCAAACAGUGUGUCAUCAUGGAUGCUGCACUGGAAACCAUCAAGCAAUACUUCCAUGCAGGGGGUAAUGGUCUGAAGAAGGCCUAUGUGGAGAAGAGUCCUGAGUUAUCUUCGCUGAAAUAUGCUCUGUCCCUCUACUCUCAGAGCACUGAUGCACUAAUCAAGAUCUUUGUAACUACACAGCAUGCACAGGUUCAUAAUGGGAUGGGCAUCAGGAUUACCCCCAGUGAGAAGGUUCGGCCAGACAGAGGUUCAGGAGUGGAGAAGCCUGUUGGUGAGGCCCAGAUCCAGGUAGACAUGGUGCCUCCAGGCAAAGACAAGAUCCACAAGGUCAACAUCAGAGUGAUAGCGGUGAAUGACAUGAGGUGGCAGACAUCAGGGAUGUUCCGUCCCUUCGUGGAAGUCAAUAUGAUUGGUCCGCUCCUUGCAGCACAGAAGAGGAAGUUCACCACCAAGUCAAAGAACAACAGCUGGACAGCCAAGUACAAUGAGACCUUCCAAUUUAUCCUGGGUAAGGAGUCUCCAGACUGCUAUGAGCUGCAGGUGACGGUGAAGGACUACUGUUUCGGCCGGGCCGACCGUGUUGUGGGCGUGGCCGUGGUCCAGCUCCGAGACGUGGCUGACAGGAAGUCGUGUGUGUGCUGGUGCCCGCUGGGCGGAACCAUCCAGAAGGACGAGACGGGCGUAACAGUGAUGCGUAUCUUGUCUCAGCGUGCGGCCGACGAGGUGGCCAAGGACUUUGUCAAACUGAAGGCCGAGACACGCCCUGUAGAGGAGGGCAGAUGAUGAGGAGAUGUGGAGAGAGGAUCGAUAGAGGAGAAAAGAGGUGGAGAGAGGAUAGGUA